AUGGCCGACACCUCUGGCCCGGAGUUCAAAGUGAUUCUGCAACAAGUUCUUGACGAGUUCAAUGAGGAGACCUUCGAGGACUCGUUGUUGAAACUGCGUUUCUUCUUUGCGGAGACGCUGCUUCUCGCUGCGCUCGACCUUGUCGAUCGCGACAGCGUGAUCAUGUACCGGACACCGUGGGGACGACCGCAGUUCGAGGUACUCGGAUCCACCGCGACAUACGUCGUCUUUCCGGGAGCCGGGCUUUCUCGAGCGUAUUGCACCUGCCCGGCGUAUGCAUAUAGCGUGCUGCUGUCCGAAACCCAGAUAAUGUGCAAGCAUGUCCUUGCUACGCUGCUCGCCCAACGUCUGUCUCGAUGUGUCGAGCGCCCUAUGAACGCCGACGAACUUGUGGGUCUUAUUGAGAAACAGUGCUAUAUCCCAGGUUAG